AUCUCUCUUUUCCAAACUCUCUGUAGAUAUAUAUAUAAUCACCAUCAGACAAAAGGUGCCACAAAACAGCAAUAGUCUCAUCUGUGUAGUACUUUGAUUGCUUUGUUACAAAAGCGUAUCUCUAUUCCAUAUUUAUUGAAUGUAUACCUUGUUAAAUCAGUUUUUAUACGGGCCGUAUAGAAUUACGGCGGUCAUAGUCUUAUACAAGCUGUAUAAUUCAUAUGCUACAUCCUAUGCGGGCCGACAUUUUAAAUAAAAUUAAAAUCAAGGGGUACACUCAGAAUAGGGGUACUCUCUAUUCUAGAUUUGUACGUUUUUUUUUUUUUUUUUGUUAAUAUGGGAUUUGGUUGUAGGUUUAUGAUGAAGAGCCUAGUUCCAGUACACCAACAACUAUCAGUUCCAUCGGUGAGUUUUCCCGGUGCAAUGGAGUCAUUUCUACCACAAAUCCGUAGAGACAAGGUGGUUAUCGUCAUGGGAGCGACCGGGACAGGAAAAUCAAGGCUUUCAAUCGACCUAGCCAUGAAAUUCCCUGCGGAAAUAAUCAAUUCCGAUAAGAUGCAGGUAUACAAAGGUCUUGAUAUUACCACAAACAAAGUCACAGAGGAGGAGUGUUUUGGGAUCACUCACCACCUUCUGGGAUUUGUUGAUCCUAAUGUGGAUUUCACAGCUAAUGACUACAAUCAAGUUGCAUCGCUGACGGUGGAAACCAUAGUCGCGAAUAACCGGCUUCCAAUUAUAGCAGGAGGGUCAAAUUCAUACAUAAAGGCUCUAGUUCAUGACAACAUUGAGUUCCAACCGAGAUAUAGUUGUUGCUUCUUGUGGGUUGAUGUCUCCUUGCCCAUUCUUCGGGCUUUCGUGUCCAAACGCGUGGACCGGAUGGUGCAAGCGGGUUUAGUCCAUGAAGUGAGAAGAUUUUACGACCUGCAUAUGACUAACUCUAUAGGGCUGAGUCGCGCUAUUGGUGUUCCGGAGAUGGAAAAGUAUUUUAGGAACGAAAAUGAGGUGAAUCUCAAAGAAGCAAUUGAGAAGAUUAAAGCUAAUAGUUUUGAACUCGCGAAACGCCAGUUGCAAAACAUUCCCAGGCUUCAAAAGCAACUAGGCUGGGAUAUGCAUCACUUAGAUGCCACCGAGGCUUUUGUUAAACAUGGAUUUGAGGCAGAUGAGGCUUGGGAGCGGCUUGUGGUUCGACCAAGCAGUCGGAUUGUUGGCGAUUUUCUUUACAAAGACAAUCAAGAACCGUCACUUAACUUCAAAAACAUCAUGGCCGCUAAGCCGGUUAUCCAAGCUCCAUCUACGGUCAAAGCCAUUGCUGUUGUGGCACACUAGUGUUAUAGCUGAACUGAAUUACAUGAGUGGCGGGUGGGUCUCACUAAAAGGUGAGAACAUAUUCUCCUCAACAAAGAUGGGAAGUAUCUUAUAACUAUAUAUUAUACAAAAAGUUAUAUAGAAAAAGAACGUUAUGGACU